AAGCGUUCAAGGCUGGGUGGGGCUUUGGACAGCCUGGUCAAGUGGAGGAUGUCAGAGGGGCUGGAACUAGAUGAACUUUAAAAGUCCUUUCCAACUGAAACUGUUCCAUGAUUCUGAAUUCAGAGAUCUGGAUGUGGAUGUGGGCUCCCUGCUCUGGGUGCCCCUGCCAGAGCAGGGGUUGGACGAGAUGCACCCAGAGGAGGGCCCUGCCAGCCUCAGCCAUGCUGUGAUUCUGUGACCUGUACCUUCAGAGAUUUCUGGCUUCUUGGAGAAACAGUAGAAAAUGCAAAACGAAAUAAUAAAGCCUGCUAAAUACUUCUCGGAAGUGGAGAAGAGUGUGCUGCUUGCACUAGUGGAGAAGUACAGAUAUGUACUUGAGUGUAAGAAAAGUGAUGCAAGGACUAUUGCCCUGAAACAACGCACCUGGCAAGCACUAGCUCAUGAAUAUAAUUCACAGCCAAGCGUAUCUCUGCGAGACUUCAAACAGUUAAAGAAAUGCUGGGAAAAUAUCAAGGCACGGACAAAAAAGAUAAUGGCACAUGAAAGGCGGGAGAAGGUAAAAAGCAUUAGUCCACUUAUAAACACUCACAUCAUAGGGAAGGAGAAGAUUGCCAGCAUAAUGCCUGAGCAAAUAUACUUUUUGCAGAGCCCACCAGAAGAAGAUUCUGAAUAUCAGCCUGAUGCUUCUAGUCAAGAGUCAUUUGUUGUCUCAAAUAGAGAACUCUGUGAUGAAGAGAAAGAGCUGAUACAUUUCCCAGUGUGUGAAGGUACCUCCCAGCCUGAGCCUUCGUGUUCUGAUGUCAGAAUAGCAGCAGAUAAGAACUACAGAAGUAAAGCAUCUCAGGAAAGUGCUCUGAAAAAGAUGCAUGAGGAAGAACAUCAUCAGCAAAUGUCAAUUUUGCAACUGCAGUUAAUCCAAAUGAAUGAAGUUCACGUGGCAAAAAUACAGCAAAUAGAAAGAGAGUGUGAGAUGGCUGAAGAGGAACACAGGAUAAAAAUGGAAGUGCUAAAUAAAAAGAAAAUGUAUUGGGAGAGAAAAUUGCAGACCAUCACAAAAGAAUGGCCUGUAUCAUCCUUUAACAGACCCUUUCCUAAUUCACCAUAGAACAUAAAGCGGCAGAGUUAAUCUGACUGAGCACGUUUAUAAGUAAUGCACACUGGAAAGAGGGUUUCUUAAUGUGAAUGUACAGUGACAAAAUAGGUGCCCAGCUGAUAGUGAACACGCUUUGAUUCUUAACAUUUAUGGCAACAGUGGUAGAGUCUACCAGGGGUUAGACAGUAUUGUUCGAUUGUAGGUAAUUCUGACCUGUGUAACUUCCCCUAGCAGAAUACCCUAGCAUCCUUUCGGAAUUUAAGGUAUUCUGGGCAUUCAUACAUUGAGUAUUCUUAAAAAAAAAAAAAAAAAGUUUUGAACAUCAGGUUACAGUGUUUAUUUUGAUUUCUGUCUCUUCAUAUCUACUGUUUCCUGAAUGAAGGCAGGGGUUGGAAUUGCUCUCCGCUAUUGAGAGACAAGGUGAUUAACGAUGUUGCUCAGAUUGGUACACUGGGGCACAGAAAAACAAAACAAAACUUGUCCUCGGUUAAUAUACAGUCCCUAACCCAUUCUUCAUAGAAGAUGUGAAAAUGAAGGAAGUAGCAAAAGGAACACUGUGGUAAUUGAGUGCUUUGCUUGUGAAGAACAACAGUGAUGUUUUCUAGCUGGCUGGCUGACUGAGAGAGUGGUUGUGGAGUGGCCCUCAUGUUCUGUGAGCCUUGACCCUUAUGAAGUUGUGAAGAAGGUGACAUCUUCCGCAAAAGCCACUUGUCCUCUCCUUUCCAGGACUAUCUCGUAUUCAAGUAGAAUGCUGAAAUAGGAGGGAUGCAUGCUGCUGCCAAUGCUGUGUGCUGCUCCCCUGGAGUCACUGUGAGGGGAAGAGCUACUUAAUUGUUCAUAAAGCUCUCAAAAUGUGGCAAGCCACCUAAUCCAUUGGCAAAAUCUCCCUUUGUCUCCCCAUGAGAUACUUGAUGGUUUAGCAACUAACUAGCUACAAAAAAAAAAAAAGGCUAAGUAAGACUUGUCCUCUUUUCCAUAGUUUUGGGUGGGAAGCAGUGAAAAGGGGUCAUUCCUGUCUUGGAGUUCUGUUUUAUUCUGUUGUGUGUGUUACGGUGAUGUAUUUCUUGCCUUUGCUGUCACUGAGGGCUGAUGGACAUGAUUUGUACAAAAACAUUCCCAUGAAAGCCCCCACAGUUGGGGGCCCAGAAUAGUAGAUGGUAGGGAAGCACAAAUAAAGAUAAUCCUUCCUCCAGCCAAUCAUUCUAGUGGUGCAAGGAUUAAGAAAUGUCAAACACAGAACUCCACAAAGAUGCGUAAGAACUCCUGAUGUGUGAAAAACUGUUUUGUAGGAAGGUGUACAACUAUCAUUUGAAGCAGUGAGAAAAAUGAACGAUAGCAUAAAUUUUCAGUGAAAAUCCCAAGUAUUCCAUUGUUCUAAAGUAUUUUCAGGUCACAAUGAAUAAAGGCACAUCCAGACAGAUAGUAACAUAUUCAAGUUGAGGUAUGGUACAAAACAUCCUUUUCUUCCCAGCUGCACUCCUGUUUCUUCCCUGGAUGUUCUUUCUGGGGCAAUUUGUUUUGGUAUUGGUUUUGGUUUUUUUGGUGGAUGGGUUUUUUUUCCUCCUUUGAACUGCUUUCCCUGCUGGUGAUUCAUCUUUGCAAGCACUGCCAUUAUCAACCACAAUGCUCCCAGUGGUUAACACUGUGGUACAUGCAUUGCUUCCUUCAACAUGCAAAUACCAGCAAGCGCAGUGGGAGUGAUUUAUCACAACUUGUUUUAUAUGACACGGGGGAAAAAAAAUAAUAAAGGCAGUUUUUGCAGAGCUGCUGCAAGAUAAAAAAAACAAGAAAGAUCAUAUAUGAAAUCUGAAGGCAUCUUUUUUUUUUGUCUGGAAACUCAGCUUUCUAAUAAAUUGGCUGUGCGAAAGAAGCACAGGACUUCCAAAAAGGGAGAUAAUUAUGGACACUUUUUUUUCUGCUGAAUGGAAACAGUACUGCAAGGUAGGACAAUGAUGUACAACGAUAGUAGAGGCAAAGGAAAGAAGUGAAUGGUAGUGAGGACCUUCGUAUUUUGGGGUUGUACUCUGUAGCCUGGAAGGUGAGUCAGUUAUUUGAGUGGUUAUGGCAAUUGCUUAGGCACCAUCCAGAAAAGGGAAACAAAAGACAUUUCUCUUAACCAGUGACAGGAUUCCUUCCACUCUCCUCCUAAGUGAAAGUUGUUUGAAACUCUGGCACUGAAACCAUGUGCACUAAGGUGUCAAAAGGUGACGCAUGGAGACAAUUCAGUGUUAUGAAGAGAGCAAAAAUGGAGAGAGAAUUCAGGCCCAGACAGCAUGAAGUAGUCCAGGAAGAAUCUGGUGAUACUUGAGAUAAGGUAGUCCUCACUCCUAAUAGUUACAAUGUUCCUCAUGAAAGAUUGCUUUAUUUUUGUAUUAAAGUCGUUUAAAGUAUGCAUGUUUUCAGACUGUACUAAGUGGGAAAUGCCUUGCAUUUGGUAUGUAUACUUACUUUGAACCCCAAAGUUACAGUUCUUAGGCUGAAAGAUGCAACCUUUUAAUUCAGCUUCUACCUGAAAGUAAAAUAAUGGAAGAAAAAUUAGAAAGAACCAAAAUGAAGAGAUGAAAGAAAGAAUGAUCCUUAUAUACACAGAGGAAGAAUGGGCAUGUCACACCUGAGCUAGAUGAUACAAGAUGCUGCUGUGGUGAGCUUACUGAUGAUGUAGGCUUUUGCUUUCCCUUCUGCUUGCUUUCGCUUCUGCACCUAAAGGCUUUAUAAAGUAACUGGUUCGGUAGAGUUCAAAUUACUUGAGAAAAGUGCCUUUUUUUUUUCCCCCAGUUACACUGGAUUUGAGGUUUGUCAGCCAUCCCAGACAGUACGUCCAAUUGUUCCUCACCCUUUUUUUCUAGCUUACAUCAUUCAGAUACUUCCACAAAAUUCUGUUUUCCUGUUAAUCAUUUGGCCAAGCUACGUAGACAUUUUCGCCAGCUUCUCCAUAGAUAAAAUAUGACAGUAUCUGGUAUAAAUCUUUUUUAUGUGCAAUUUUUUUCUUUUGCAUUUAUUUCCUACAUCUGCAUUCUCCCUUAUUAAUUUAACCAGAAAUACGUGCAGGAGAUUUAAUCCGGAGUUACAUGUUUUGCUCUCUUCUUUCUCUUGCCCAGCUUGCCUGUAUCACAGCAUCUGAGCUUGGAGUGGGUGUUCGUCAUGGUCAUCUUCAUCCGCAUCCACAUUAAGCAUGGCCACCAAGCCUUUCCUACACUGCUGCCCACAUAUUACCUCACAGUACCUCAUUUCCAAAGCUCUAUCACUGGAGCAAGGGAUCUUGCUGCUUACCACAGACCCUCUCCAUGAAGUUCCUUCCUACACAGCAGGGAUGCCUUUAGCCAGGGCUACACACCCAGCACUCCCAUACAUUUACAGGGGUCCACACAAGGGCAGGCAUCACUCAGCACUUGGUCUGCAGGACUCAGCUGUCUCAUUGCAAAAUGUAAGGCUUGGGGCUACGUUAGGUGAGUUACACCACAUCUAGUGCAGCUGAGGAGGUAGUCCUGAAUUUUGUUUAAAGAUGAGUUAUCUUUGCGUGUUUGCAGUACUAAAUGUUAGCAGUCUCUCAAAAUUUUUUAACUGGUUGUAGCUACAGUGGCUUUUACAAUGUGUCCUCUUCCUUCUUCCACUCUCAGGCUUUAAUGUUUCUCGUUUAUUCUGACUUUGUGGUCACAGCUUCAUACCUAUAUGAUAACACUGAAAUCGUAAACUCUGACACAUUUAAAUAUUGUUAUUUUGGAGGUAGGUGAAUUACAUGGGAAUCUUAAAAUAAUAUUUUUCUUUAGGCAAGUGAAGUCCAUCACAUGUAGUUCUGUGAUUUUGUAUUUUGAGCUUGUUUGUUCAAAGCUGUUUUUAUGAUGCACUGAUGCACCUAAGGCUUUUUUUUUUUUUUUCAUAAUUGGGUCCCUUUUCACUUGACUUUUCAUUUUCUUCUCAAAGCAGUUAAAUGUAAAGCUCACACAUCGUUGCUCUUCCUGAACUUUGUCUCCAGUUAGAUAUUCAGAAAUGUUUCUGUGCAAAUUAGUACUGAUGUGUACUAAAAUUAAUACAUUUAGACUAAUAAAAUAAGCCAAGUAACAAGAUGAUAGGAUAAUGUGCAGCAACUGUUAAUAUAAUUUAAAAAUCAUUAUGCGGGGAAGCUCUGUACAUCUGAUGGAAAGAAAGAAAGAAUACAGUUUGUUGCCAUCUGUAAGCACAGAAAAAUAAUAUCUUUUUACAAUGAAAGCAAGCUUCAACCUCUGUAUCUGGUAUCAGAGAAUAACUUUUGGGCUGCUGAUUUAAAGGGGACUUUGCUUCAUAGAGUUUGUUUUUUGUUUUGUCACAGAAUUACACAAAAAAAAUGUUGAUUGCCUUAAACGCAUUUAGAAAUAUGGACAGAUUUCUGGGUAAUGAAACAAAAAACUCCUAGCUGUGGCCCUGAGAAUUUUGCUGUUCUGGUGAUGAAGGGAUUAGGCACCCCACAACACCAUUUGUCAUGUUAAUAACACUGAACAAAUUAAAAACUUGCAAAGCCAAAAAUAAAAUAAAAUAGAAUAAAAUGCUGGUACAGUUACAGAAGUGAGGACAGCUCCUGGCUGUCCUAAAAGAGAACUCUGUCACAUACAUCAGAGAAUUCCGCCACACGGUCUUCACCUUUCCUGUUAAAACAGCCACAGGAAAAAGAAAAUCAGUGAAAAAGAAUUCAUCAAAAAUCUGUUGCUUCACCAGAAGGGCUGGCAAGAAAAAAAACUACCCUAUAUAAAUACAUAUAUUUAGGGAAAGAACUCUAAUGUAAUAGAAAUAGAGCACAAUAGAUUUUUAGACAGUCCUUAAUUAAAUAAUGUGUUUUUAAAAAAAAAAAAAAAGUUGAUUGAGUGUGUGUUUUCCAUUUGUUAUUCAGUCCAGCUGCAGAAUAGUUGUGUGCUUCAGUUUCUGACUGAGUGCUGGGGCACCUAAUUAAUCAAACUUGUUUGGCAACAGAGAAGUAAGUUUGCAUUCAGCAUGACUUGAGAUGGAUUAUAUUCCAGCAGCCUUCAAAUAUUUCUUCUUGGAUAUAAGGGGCUGUUCUUGGACAGUCCUCAAUCAGGAACUGGCAUCAGAUGCCAAUUUAGUUGUAACUCACUAUUCAUACAGCGCUAAUGAGGUGACAUACAUAUAAGCUCCUCAUGCUCUGCCUAUUCUUUGGUCACGCACAAAACCCUUAUCUUUCCUUACAGUUACAUCACGGAAUGUUGUACUGAGCAACAAACAGACCUGAUGUUUCUCCUAUAUAAAUGCCUGCUAUGCAUUCUGUGCCACAGUGUACUGCAGGCAAAAUCUGACUUCUGUUGGGUUUUGGACUUUGAAAAUUUUGACCUGUUAUCCUCACUGAAUUUUGCUUAAAAUCACUUUCUCCUAUUAGACACCUUUGUAUUCCUACAGAACUGCCCUUCAACUCAAUGAAACUCUUGGCUUUAUAGCUUCUAAAUACCAAGCCUAUGGACUGUACAAAGUCUGAAUUGACAUGCACGUGAUAAAUUCCAUUUAUCUGAAAAAGACCUUGUACAUACUGUCACAUACUGAAACUCCAAAUACAGACUAGGAGGUGAUGUGAUGGAUUUGGUAUUUAAACCACCACUGAAAUUUUGGUAGGUUGGGAGUUAUCAGAGUUAUCACUGCUGACCUAAUACGGAGGUUUGACCUCUUGACUGCAAGAACAACGAUGUCCAAUCCAAAUAUUGCCUUACCUCAAACUUUCUAUCUAAAAUGAGGUGUAAUGAGAAAUUCUUGCCAAAUAAAGCAACAGUAGUUUCCAAAAUA